UCGCCUAAUCAGUGGAGUUAAUAAUACGAGACAAUUGUAAACGUUCGGUUCGAUUGGUCGAAUGUUUAGUAAUCGCGCCAACUUAAAUGUGAACAGAAAUUGAAACAUUGACUCGCUGACAUGUCGAGUCGACAGAACUUUUAACUAAGAAUGGACAUUGCGCUUUUAUUCGUUAUCUUACAAGCUUUAUAUACAACUAAAGCUUACAAAUUGGAAGAUGUAGAAGCUUCUUCGUGGCAAAAUCUGUUACGUUCUUCGUCACCGACUAAAAACAGGAAUGAAUUAAUUAAUGAUUUCACUACUUUCGUUCGCGAUCUUCGUCAUUCCUUCGUCAAUGGACCUAAUAUUUCUUGCCUAUCUUCCGACGAAACACUUUGUAAUUACGACAUUAAUAAUUGUCUAUCUCCUGAGGAACUCUUCGAUCUACUUCCAAACACAACAGAAACUUUAAACGAUGCGUUGAAUCGCCUUUGCCCUGUAUUACUUUCACAAAUGUAUCAAGGAUUUAACUGCCAUCAUCAAUCCUUAGACACUAAACCCAAAACUAAACCAUCCGCAAUUGCAGUAUGGGGACUUGGAAUCCUUUGCAUCACAGUCAUCAGCGCUUGUUCUUUAGUCGGUGUGCUCGUUUUACCAGUAUUAAGUAAAAAUCUAUAUAAAAAUUUACUCAUGCUCUUCGAAGGAUUAGCUGUAGGGAGUUUAGCAAGCAGCGCUGUUUUUCAUCUUAUACCGCAAGCUUUCAAUUUACUUGGACAAGAUGCGGAGCAUGAUUAUCUAUGGAAGGCUGCCAUUAUUUUUAGUGGAAUAUAUGUAUUCUUUCUCAGUGAACACUUGAUGAAAAUAGUCAUGGAUGCCAGAAAGAAGAGAAAACACCAAGAAACUAAUAUCAAAUGUUUACUAUCUCAUAAAUCAUUUAAUGUGGAUAAUCCAGAAAAGGAUAACUGUUCUAUCAUUAAUUUUACAAAUAACAUAAUGAAAGAUGGAGAAUCGGAAGAAACUAGUAUGGAUAUUAGCCAUUCUCACUUUAACGAUGACAGUCAUGUAUCACUAACAUAUCAUAAUCACGAUCAUAAUUUGCCAUUACGGAAGGACGGGGUUAACACGGUGGCCACUGUAGCAUGGAUGAUCAUAUUUGGAGAUGGAUUUCAUAAUUUUAUUGAUGGUUUAUCUAUAGGAGCAGCCUUUUCCGAAAGUAUCUUGGCCGGGAUAAGCAUAUCUGUAGCCGUUGUUUGUGAGGAAUUUCCUCACGAAUUAGGCGAUUUUGCAGUAUUAAUUAACGCAGGAAUGUCAAUGAAACAAGCUUUGAUAUACAAUUUCAUGUCGGCCUGUACGUGUUAUAUCGGUUUUAUAUUUGGUGUCGUAUUAGGAGACUUAGCAGAAGGAAGUUAUUAUAUCUUCGCUUUUGCUGGAGGAAUGUUUCUCUACAUAUCUUUAGUAGACAUGAUGGGAGAAUUAAACGAUGCCAUUAGAGAAACUCAACCGAAAGGAGUUGGUAAAACAUUAAAAGUAUUCCUCCUUCAAAAUAUAGGCAUUCUUAUUGGUGUAGUGUCCUUGUUUGUGUUGGCAAGAUAUAGCGAAAAAAUAAAUUUCGAUUCAUUUUAUCAGACAGAAGAAUCUUUAAUAAGUUAAAAGUUCUGGAAAUAAAAGUGUGAAUGAUCAAAGACUAUGUUUAAAGAAUUUAUUUAUUA